CCCGUUUAGCGGAGGAAUUCAAACGAGGAAAGAAAAGAAGAGAAGAAAAGACGUGAAGUAUUUCAGGAAGUCCCCGACGCUUCGUGUGUUUGUGAUAAAGUGCGGAAAGUCUGACGGAAACACGGAGGAUUAAAGUGGGGUUUGGUGGCAGUUUUACUGAAUCAUCCGUCAGGUUUACACGAUGGGAGUCGGAGAUCCGAACAGUAUGGAGCAGGGCGCAGCAGCCCCGGUGGAGGACGCGAACCGGGUGAAGACUCUGCAGUCUCAGGUGGAUGGCGUGAAGGACAUCAUGACCCAGAACGUGGAGCGAAUCCUGGCACGUGGAGAACGCCUAGAUGAUCUGAUGGACAAAUCCGAGGACCUGCAGGCUGGGGCGCAGAAUUUUAAGCACACGUCGCAGAAAGUAGCCCGCCACUACUGGUGGAAGAACGUCAAGCUGAUGGUCGUAUUGAUAGUCAUCGUUGCCAUCAUUAUCCUCAUCAUUGUGCUGCUGGCUACAGGAGUCAUCCCGACAAGUUCCCAAACGCCGCCUCCAACGACACCCAAGCCAUAACUCCCUCACACUCGUCCGCACAGACCAAUUUCAUGCAGAAACCUGAAGGCAGAUAUACACUUGUAUUUAAUUCUUAAAAACAAAAGUCCCAUUCGAACACAGUGAUAUUGAGACAUAUUUAAAUAACACACAACCCCAAGAUAUAAUAUAAUAU